AUGGAGAUCCUGGGCAACAUGGGCGAGGAGGGGAUGGAGUUGGAGGGAUCAGCCAACACAGCAGCAAUUCUAAACAUCAGCCUAAAUGGCUCCGCAAAUGACACCAACAUGACCUUUUUCCCCUAUUAUCAGCACUCUCUGUAUGUGGCUGCCAGCUACAUCCUGGCCUACUUCUUCAUCUUCCUGCUGUGUAUGGUGGGAAACAUCCUAGUGUGUCUGAUCGUACUGGAAAACCGUCGUAUGCGUACAAUCACCAAUCUCUUCAUCCUCAACCUGGCCAUCAGUGACCUAUUGGUGGGCAUCUUCUGCAUCCCUACAACACUGGUGGACAACCUCAUCACUGGUUGGCCCUUUUCCAACACUGUGUGCAAGAUGAGCGGCUUUGUGCAGGGAAUGUCUGUUUCCGCAUCAGUCUUCACUCUUGUGGCCAUAUCUGUUGAAAGGUUUCGCUGUAUAGUUUAUCCUCUACAACCCAAGCCCACCAUACUUGUUGCCAAGGCAGCCAUUGUGUUGAUCUGGGUGCUAGCAGUGGGGAUCAUGUGUCCUGCGGCUAUAGCAUUGACUGUGGAUAAAGUUCCUUUCCACUCAAUGGUGUACAAUGAUGACUUCAACCAGACAUUCCCCCUGUACAGCUGCUAUGAAAACUUUGCCAACCCUCAGAUGAGAAAGGUCUACACAGCGGUUCUGUUCGCUCACAUCUACCUGGUGCCGCUCACCGUCAUCACGCUGAUGUACGGAGGUAUUGGAGGUAAACUGUGUUCUUCUGUGGUUGCAAACAGAGAGCCCCAGCUGGCCGACGUCACAGUCCAGGUUGGGCGUAGAAGGGCAGGUCAGCCAAUGAUUUCCCAGAAAAAGGUCAAGGUGAUAAAGAUGCUCAUCCUGGUGGCUUUGCUUUUCAUGCUGUCCUGGCUGCCACUCUGGACUCUCAUGCUGAUGACUGACUACGCAGGCUUGAACAGGAAUCAGCUGGACCUCCUGACCAGCUACAUCUUUCCCUUCGCCCACUGGCUGGCAUUCUCUAACUCCAGCAUUAACCCCAUCAUUUAUGGCUACUACAAUGAGAACUUUAAAAGGGGCUUCCAGGCAGUGUGCAAGUCCAGGCCCUUCUGUGACCUUGCCCAGUGCGAGCAGUGGAAACGGGUGGCCAGGAGGGGCAGGAAAGAUAGGUCCAAGCAAGUACCUUGUGGAGGUACUGACUUCAGAGAUGCCACGAACAAUCACAACCAUCUUGUCAUUGGGCUGAGAAAUCGAGUCCAUAAUGUUAACGAGACAGCAGAAACAGCAGAGGUGAAUAGAAGUGUAAGGGUGGAGUGUGUGGUGGUCCACUCAAAGAGUCUUUCAGAGCAAGGGUUAGAAAUGACAGCUGCACAUAAGAAAGGCAGUAAAUGUGAGGAGUCAGAUAAGGUUAAUUCACUGGCAGCCUCAGUGUGUCAGGCGUGGGAUAACUGA